CAGUUGACAGAGUCUAACCAAAGCAAAAUGCAAUUCGCCUCCAGUUUUCUGUUCAUGGGCCUGGCUUUUGCUUGUGUCCUUUCGAGUGCCUUGGCCUAUCCGUAUCCUGAUCCCCGAGAGAUUGUAAAUACUCAAUCCGAACCCUUGGCGUAUUCCCCCAAUUUUGAUGCUCCCUUGCACAGAGUACGUCGUCAAUUCCAAUUGAAUGGCGGCGGCGGUGGAAGCCCAAAGCAGGGAUUUGAUCUGAACCUCAACACCCGUGUUCCUGUUUGGCAGAGCAACAAUGGACGCCACUCCUUUGACGCCACUGGACAGUAUGGCCAGCACUUGGGAGGUCCUUAUGGCAACAGUCGUCCUCAAUGGGGAGCUGGAGGAGUGUACACCUUUAGGUUCUAGGAAACUAGUAGAACUUCCUUAGAAUUUAUUUAUUUUAAAUAUUUAAACAGCCUUACCACCAGCCAAACUAUUUACUUAACUAUUAUAUAUUUACCUAACUGUUGUAUGUGAAAGAAAAACAAACUGUAAAAGUUCAAAUAUUAGAAAAUCAAAGAACUGCUGAAAUAAUUUUCUUUUCAAAAUAUUUAAAUAAAAUUAGCGAUGUUCAAAAAAAUCA